CGAAAAAAGAAGAAACCUUUGGUGGAGUACUGUCAUUUGAGCAGGAAGUAAGAUGUUUAAGGUUUCAUGUCACAGUCUCAUGCCUUGUCCGAAUCUCUUGCAGCCCAGGGCUAGUUUGCUGGUCCAAAAGGAAGGGAUUGGUAAAAUGCACGGUCGCUGUACAAAGGUAGCCCGCAAUCCAAACAUGGAAAGGUUGCGAAAUAACUACUUGUUUCCUGAGAUAUCAUCGCGUGAAAUGGAACACAUCAAGAAGUACCCAAACGCAGAAGUGAUAAGCCUCGGAAUAGGCGAUACCACCGAGCCAAUACCAGAUAUUAUUGCUUCAGCCAUGUCUGAUUAUGCGCGUUCCCUUUCGACACCGGAAGGUUAUAGAGGGUAUGGAGCUGAGCAAGGAAACCAGGCAUUAAGGCAAGCGAUUGCGCAAGCAUUCUAUGGAGAUCUAGCAGUGAAAGGUACAGAGGUUUUUGUAUCAGAUGGUUCACAAUGUGAUAUCUCUCGCAUUCAGUUGCUUCUGGGUUCCGAAAUGACAAUUGCUGUACAAGAUCCUUCAUUUCCGGCCUACAUAGAUUCAAGCGUCAUUAUAGGCCAGGCUGGUGAUUUCCACCCUAAAACAGGGAAGUACCGGAGCAUCGAGUACAUGAAAUGUGGGCCUCAGAAUCAUUUCUUUCCCGAUUUGUGGAACACUCCGAGAACAGACAUCAUCUUCUUCUGCUCUCCGAACAAUCCAACGGGCCACGCAGCAUCGAGGGAGCAGUUGGAGCUUCUCGUAGAAUUCGCCAGGGAAAACGGAUCUAUCAUCGUGUAUGACACUGCCUACGCUGCUUACAUCACGGACGGAAGCCCGCGAUCAAUAUAUGAAAUUCCCGGAGCCAGAGAGGUUGCGAUAGAAGUUUCAUCGUUCUCCAAAAGUGCUGGAUUCACAGGUGUUCGUCUCGGCUGGACUGUGGUACCAGACGAGCUCUUAUAUUCCAAUGGUUUUCCAGUUGUGAAUGACUUCAAUCGCAUUAUAUGCACCUGCUUUAAUGGCGCUUCCAACAUAGCUCAGGCUGGUGGUUUAGCAUGUCUUUCCCCAGAAGGUGUCAGUGCGAGGCGCUCUGUGGUAGACUACUACAAGGAGAAUGCUCAAAUACUGCUCGACACUUUUUCUUAUCUGGGAUUGAAGGCAUAUGGGGGUGUAAAUGCGCCGUAUGUUUGGGUUCAUUUUCCAGGUUUGAGAUCUUGGGAUGUGUUCAGUGAGAUUCUUGGAAAGACGCACAUAAUUACAGUUCCGGGGAGUGGGUUUGGUCCAGGAGGUGAAGAGUUCAUAAGGGUUACAGCUUUUGGACACAGAGAAACCAUCCUGGAAGCCUCAACAAGGCUAAAGAGCCUUUUUCUUUAGACAAAUGAUUCAUAUGUUUUCUAAUAACAUCUCACAUCUGUACUAAUUACUAAAUAAAGCAACUCAGGUUUGUAAUUGAGCUCAGGUUUGUAAUUGAGCUCAGGUUUUUGAUGAUUUCAUAUGUCCAAUAUUAUUAUGCUACAUGUUAACAAAAUUUGCCGAACAAUUCACAAUAUCAUUUGAGUCCACACAAUCCCAUAUAAGUAUAAUGUAUCUAAAAUGCAGCCAAUCUCUCAAGCAGUACUGUGUACAUAAGCAGAAAAUGGAUUUUUUUACAAGAACAUAAAAUUAGGGAUAUAAAUACCUCCGGAGACAAUAAGGUGAUAAACUUGAUGGCCUCCAAAUAAACUGGUGUAUGAAAUGCGGAGUUCGGAAAAGAAAAAAAAAGGAGCAGAGCCUUCACGUAUAUUGUACAUCUACAACUCAAGGAUUUGACAGUUGAGCAGUUCUUCGGAACCAGCAUUCUUAGUGGCAAUGACUUUCCAAAUGUUUGUUUCAGUUUGUUCUUCCAAAUGGGAAUCAUCCAAAGGAAUUGUUGAAGUUGAAGCAACCGAACUCGAACGAUUUUGCCUUUCAGUCUGCAUAACCGCAAUAUUAUGGGAAUCAUCCAAAGGAAUUGUUGAAGUUGAAGCAACCGAACUCGAAAGAUUUUGUCUUUCAGUCUGCAUAACCGCAAUAUUAUGAUUCACAUCUUUCGUGAUAACGUGAAGCUUACCAAGAAAACCAGCAAGUAAAUAAGGAGACUCAGAAUCAAAGUCACGGACGGGAACGUCUCCGGAAACAACUUUCCAAGCAUCAUUUUCAUGGUCAUAUGAUUUGAUCUUAGAACUAUUCAAAGAACUCGAAGGAUCCAAGGCGUACAAUUCGCCAUCGACAGUGGCACUCAAUUUGGUUCCUGCCUGCCUAGCAGGCCACCCCUCCCCCAUUCCAAUCGGCAUAUCAACCCAUGAAUUUGUAUCCGGAUCAUAAACCUCUCCUCCAACAUCAACAAAAAAUGGCCAACAAUACAAACUCUGCGCGACAUAUAAUUUCCCCUUGUAGGAUGUCAUUCCAGUUGCAAUGGGCUUAAGCAAAUCAGCCAGAAAAGCAGUUGGAAGCAACUGAGAAAAUGGCAUGCUUGGGAUUUGGGACCAGAGGCCAGUACAAGGAUCAAACACUUCAGCAGUCCGAAGAGGUGUCAGACCUCCACGACCCCUGGUGACCCCUCCAACGACAUAAAGCUUGUUGUUUAAGACACCUGUCUUACAGUAUGCCCUACCAAUGGACAUAGGACUCACUUCAAUCCACCUGUUAAGAAUUGGGUGAUAACGCCAGACGCAACUCAUGGCUGUUGCCCUAGAAAAUCCCCCUAGCACAUAUAUGCAGCCGUCAAUGACACCAGCAGCACAACCACAAAAAGGCAUUCGGUCCAAAGCGUCCUUCCUCCCAAGCCAUCCCUUUAUGACAUCUGCAAUCCUGAUGCUUGAUCCCAUCAUAUUCCACAUCCGAAGACCAGAUAGGCUCCUUUUAGAGCCGUCUUCUCCAGCAAAAUUGGGCAUUGGUGGAAGCCUUUGCCAUUUUCCAGACAAGGGGUCCAAAGCAUACCACAUAAGCUUGUCAUCUUCAACCUUGGUCAAAAUAUAGAGCCACUCUUCUGUUGUCCCGAGCUCUUUUCUGACUUCAUAGAGUUCAGUACUCAAAAUGGCAGAUUUCCAGCUCUGCGAGACCAAUUUUGCACUCAAGUAGCAACUUCUAGGAACUCUGGCAAGAAUCUGGAUUGAUAUCUCAUCCGGAAGGCUGGGAAAUAGUCGUUGAUUAGCCUCGUAAAAGCUCGAAGAUGUCCUUUGCCUUUUCCUGGUCUCACCACUUGGAACCUCAUAGAACCCACUACUUCUGCCCCUACGACUACAACUCAAUACAGCUCCCAUCAGAAACUUUCUUGCCCCU